AUGGCAGCAACUACGGCCCCGCUAUUCUUCAACUUGGCCGGGGAGACUGCAUCCAGAGCAAAUGAGACUUCUUUCUUCGGAGCACCAAAGAAGCACAGCUUGGAGACCAACUGGGCGACGAUGGCAGACCAGCCCAUGACCUCUCAAUCCGUGUUAAGCCUUUUUGCCAAUCAGAUCCCCCUCGUUCGGGAGAAGAAGUUCCUGUCGACGGAGGAAUGCCAGAUGAUGUACGAUAUAAUCAAGACCCACGAAUUGGGCAGCUACGACACGGAAAACACAUGGCCACGUGUAGGAAUUGCUGGCAUCACUCAGUAUGACCACAUGCAAGGCAGGUUCUCCCAAGUGAACGCGUACUUUGAUGCCAUCGAGGCAGCCCAGUCGCUGCAGAAUCGAUGGAAGAAAGAAGCCGGCGUUGACGUGCUUCAGCGUGUCAUGGACAAACUGCAGAAUGCUACAGGCAUGCCUGUGCGGCGCGCAAGGGAGGGCGACAGGGAGUACUUUGCAGGUAUUCUGAGAGCAGUCGAUGCAGGCAUGCACGUUCAUGCAGACUAUGCACCAUAUGAGGCGGCAGGUUGGUCUAUCGAUGGCAUUGUCUCACAGCUCACCUGGAACAUUCUCUUGAAUGAGAUCCCCGGCGGCGAUACUCUUGUGUACGACCGCCAAUGGCGCGCACCUGACGACGACCUGGCUUGGCGGAAGACGUUCCCGAGGGAUUCGUAUCACCCUCAGAUGCUCGAGGGCCACACAUUCAAGGCUGUGAAGGCAACCCCCGGAGAUCUGACAUUUUUCAAUCCAAGGAACUUUCACGAGGUAAAGGGGUGUGACACAUCGAGAGACAAGCCUAAGCAGGCCAUUCGAUUCACCAUAAGCUCAUUCGUAGGCUACCUGCCGGCGCAAGGCUCGGAACCCGACACAUUGGUGCUUUGGUCGUAG